AUGAAUCAAAACAAAGUUUCCGUAUUUGAUGUGAAAGAUAAAGACACCAAUCCUUUUGAUUUGUUCAAGGAAUGGUUUGAUGCUGCGAAAGAUGGUGGUGUUGUACAACCUGAUGCUAUGGUUCUUUCAACAGUGAAAAGUGACCAUACUCCUUCAUCACGCUUUGUGUUACUUUCAGGCUUUGAUGAAAAAGGAUUUCGUUUCUGCACCAAUUACAACAGUGACAAAGCAAGUGCUAUUGAAAAAAAUCCGAAUGUUUCUCUGGCUUUUUACUGGAACCUAAUACGGCAUUCGGUCCGGAUUGAAGGAACAGCGGAAAAACUUUCAAGUGAGGAUUCUGACAAAUGCUUCAACAACUUGCCAGAGUCGUUUCAAAUUGGUCUCCACGUGGGUGAGCACCAGAGCUCAGUUAUCGCCAAUCGUAAAGUAAUGGAAGACAAGAUAGAUAAGUUGACCAAAGAAUUAUCUGGGAAAAAAAUAUCGCGGCCAUACUUCUGGGGUGGGUAUGUUGUAAAACCGAAAAGUAUUGAAUUUUGGAAAGGACACAGGGAUUGGAUUGCAGAUAGAAUCCUUUUUACAAAAGAAGUUGGAAAUCAUGGAUGGAAGAUACAAAGAUUAACUUCUUAA